AUGGCUGCGGGUCACGGGUUCGGGUCCUGGCCGUCCACGCCGGUAUCCAUCGGGUUGUUCGUGGCGGUGGUCGCUCUGGUGGCAUUGUGCGCCCACCAGCCGGCGAAAGAGAAGCCGAAUUCGAAUUCAACGACGGACAGAACAACUACGAAGAAGCUAAUGAACAGGACAAUCAGCCGGAACAAGAUCAAUCCGUCGGCGACCCAGAAGAAGAGAGGCGGGGACGAUCACGCCCACGAGAUUAGGGUCGACGUCAGCGCUCAGGUGCCCCUUCCUUCCUCGACUCCCCCGCCGCAGCCCGCGGCGGAGAAGAGGAGGGACGGCAGCAGCGGCGGCGGCGGAGGAGGGUGUGAGAAGAAGGGGAAGAUCGGGGCGAAGGUGGCGACGGGAGGGUUCGGGGAAGGCGGGUUGUGGCAGAAAUCGAUUUUGAGAGGGGAGAAGUGUCAGCUGCCGGAGUUCUCCGGCGUCAUAUUUUACGACAGCCGAGGGAAUCAGAUCCAGGUAGCGGAAUAA